AUGCUUCUUAGGUCGCUCCUAUCCCUCGCGAGUCUCCUCGCCCAAGCUCAUGGGCUGUCGGUAGAAAAGGGCUCGCCCCGAGCCAAUGGUGCCGUCAACCCAAUUGCUGUAGAUACUGCUACUCCAAGGCUCUCCUGGCGCUUGACAUCCUCUAGCCGAGGUGAUUCCCAGAUUGCAUACCAAGUUCAAGCCGCCUCGGCCGAGUCUCACUUCGCCGCCCCGGACCUUUGGGAUUCGCAGCGCAUCGCCUCCAAUGACUCCUUCGUGACCUACUCUGGAAAGAGCCUCGAAUCGCGAUCGACUGUAUUCUGGCGAGUUAAAGUCUGGGACUCUGGCAACCAGCCCUCGGAUUGGAGCGAUGUCUCGUCUUUUGAAAUCUCCCUACUAGACAACAGCGACUGGACCGCCUCCUGGAUCGCAAACACUGACUUCAAGACCGGGAACAACUCUCUCCCCGUUUUUGCCAAGGAUUUUGACGUCUCUUGUGACGUCUCUAAAGCUCGACUCUACCUCCUCGGACUCGGCCUCCACGCCCCGGAGCUGAACGGCCAGAAAAUCGGGGACAGUGAGCUCGAGCAAGGAUACACCACCGUGAACAAGACCUUGCUGUAUUCAACCUACGAUGUCACCUCCCAGCUCAGCAAAGGUGCGAAUGUGCUCGGCGUCGCUCUCGGCAAGGGCACAUACGAUUCAGAGAUCCCGCUGCUGGCCCGCUACGCCAAGUUCAAGCUGACCACGCCCGCUCAGCUGAAGCUCAUUGCCCAACUCGAGUACUCGUGCGUCUCGGGCGAGUCUGGCGCGGUGUACUCGGAUGACAGCUGGGUGACGAGCGUGGACGGACCCUAUAUUGAAGCGGCAUGGUUUGGUGGAGAGGAGUACGAUGCACGCAAGGAGUUGCCGGGUUGGUCGACUGUCGACGGAGACAGAUCCAAGUGGACCAAGGCAGUCGUGACCACGGGUCCGCUGGGGAAGCUUGUUAGCCCACGGUCGCCUCCCCUGAAGGUUGUCGAGACCCUCAAUGCAGUUUCCGUCAAACAGGCCGGUGCACAAUGGGUUUUCGACAUGGGUGUUAAUUUCGCCGGCACUUACACUUUCACAAUGAACGGCAAGGGACGUGCGGGAACACGCAUCGUCUUCUAUCCUUCUGAGCGGGUCAAUGCCGCAGGAACUCCAGACCAGUCGACUACUGGUAGUCCUAUCUUCGACGCAUACACCUUAGCUGGCGAAGAGGUUGAGACUUACACGCCCAAAUGGAUCUACCACGGUUUCCAGUAUAUUGGUGUCAACACCACCUGGACUCCAUCCGUGUCAGAUAUCAAGGGGUCAGUGAUCAGAGCCUCCAACGAGGUGACUCUGUCCGUCGAUACGAGCAACGAUCUUUUCAACGGAAUCCACAAGAUCAUUGAUCGGUCUAUCCAGGGCAACAUGUACUCCGUGUUGACGGAUUGUCCACAUAGAGAAAAACUCGGAUGGAUCGAGCAAGAUCACCUCGUCUUUGAGCCGCUUGCCCUCGGCUAUGAUCUCCAGGCGUAUGGUGAUGACCUGAUUCGCACCAUUGCUGAUGCUCAGGCUUCCGAUGUUGCUGGUCUUAUCCCGGAUAUUGCCCCUGAAUAUGGUAGCCCAAUGGGAGGUGGAUAUCGCAAUGAUCCGAAUGCAAGUAUAAUCGAAAUCCUAUCUCAUCCUCUUGUUCUGAUCAUCUUGCAGUGGGGCAAUGCCAUGGUGAUCGUGCCGCUUCAGCUAUACCAGUACUAUGGCGACAUCCGCAUCCUACAGAUCAAGUACCCGAUCAUGGUCGACUAUAUGAACUACCUCAUCAACCGAGCAGCUGGCAACCCCUAUCUCAAUGAUGGCGGCCUCGGCGACUGGGAGGGACUUGACACAACGACUCCCAAGGGCUCCACGUCCACCUUUGGAUAUCAGCAAUGUGCAGCAGCCAUGGCAGAGAUUGAAUCGAUUCUAGGAAAUCAAGCAGCUGCUGCCAAGUACCGAACUCUGGCAUCCGACAUUGCGAGUGGCUUCCACACCAUGUGGUACAACUCGACCAACUUCCCACACUACUGCUUAAACUCGCAGGGUUGCAAUGCCAUGGCUCUCGACAUGGGAGCUGUGCCAUCAAAUUCGGAGAAAUUGCUCUUCCUAGUGAGUCUUUUCCGUGUUCUGCGUGCCGCACGCCGAGACGAUGUUAUUUUCAACAUCAUGAAUUCUCGUACCGUGCCCAGCUAUGGUUACCAAGUUGUGUACGGCGCGACAUCAUUGUGGGAGCACUGGGAUGCUCCGACCACCGGCGGCAGUCUCAACCAUUUCAUGUACGGCAUUGGUGAUCUCUGGAUCCUGCAACUCAGCGGCCUAUCCCAGUCGACUAACUCCAUUGCCUGGAAGAACAUCACCUACUCGCCCACGAUCGUUGGCGACCUAACAUCCGCAAGCACCAGCUACCGCACACCGGCCGGCGUUGCGUCAGCCAGCUGGAAUCUCCAGGGUAAGAAGCUGGCAUAUGACGUUGAGGUGCCCGUAGGUUCGACGGGUCUGGUGUAUUUGAACGGAACGGGCAUCGUAGAGAGUGGCAAGCCUAUGAAGGUUGGUCAAGAUGGUAUUCUUAGCGUCAAAGCCGGAUGCCAACGGACAUUGGUCACAGUCGGGUCCGGGAAAUAUCAUUUUGAGGCUACGAUGAGAUAA